UUCGGCAAAAUUGCCAGCAUCCUCUUCACUGUCCUCAUCAGCAUCUUCCGUUACCAGAAGCUCCGAGAUCCUGAGACGAGGGGCAACUUACCCAUCUUUCUGGACAACAUCCAGUCAGCCUGGGCUGUGAGUGGGUUGUGUGUGAUGCUAGCCAUACUCCUGGGAGCUCCUACCCAUCUCAUGAACCUGGACGGUCAUAUGGAUAACUAUACACAUGACGGCGGCUGCCCUCCAGACUUCUUCCAGUGUCCCAAGGAGAACUGCCCGACCAUUAACCAAGUCCACAAGUACCUUUUCAUCCUGCUCUGCAACCUGCUGCUUCUAUUCAUCGUCACAGCCACCAGAAGUCUCAUUGUAAAGGUCUGUAACCCCCAUCGAGUCGGAGAAGUUACCCCUAACCCCUGAUCCAGGGUCAGAUAUUUCUUUAUCCCUCUAGUCUAAUGGUUUAUAAGGUCAGUUUUGGGGGUAGAGUAAUCUGAUUACAGAUCUGUGGUCUUUGACCACACUUUUCUCAGGGGUGUCCAGCUGACACAGUGUCUUGGUAUGUGUUUGUCUCACCUCCUUUAGUUGAAUGCACCUACAGUAUUAUAACUCAUUAUAUAGUAAAGAAGUCCAGUAUGUAGAUACUGUGGUCCUCUGUAGCUCAGCUGGUAGAGCACGGCGCUUGUAACGCCAAGGUAGUGGGUUCGAUCCCCGGGACCACCCAUACACAAAAAAUAAAUGUAUGCACGCAUGACUAAGUCGCUUUGGAUAAAAGCGUCUGCUAAAUGGCAUAUUAUUAUAUAAAAGUCAGCUAAAUGUUGGUGCACCAGGUGCUGCUGGGGUAGAGGAGGGUGGUGGUGCCAGCGCUAAGUGCAGCAGGGGGGCAGCCUCCGAGAAAGAAGGGGUUGAGAGGAGCACGGUGGGCAUCCUGGCAGCCAUGGGGUUGGACCCUCUAUUUGGUCCUCUACCUGGCCUUCAGCCCCUACGACUUCCCCUCCUGGUCCGAGGUGGAGUUCUUCAUCACCACGUCUUGUACCACCAUCAGCCCUUAUGUGUAUGGGAUAGGGAGUAACCUGUUUUCUCUGAAACACUUUAAGAGG